AUGGCGCAUUGUACAGGCUUAGGCAUGGCGCAGUCUUUAAGCUUUUUCUCAUCGUUGAGGAAGAGUGACAGUGAUGAGAAUGACGACAGCGCUAAUGCGUGCGCGAUCUGCCUUGAAACGAUGAAGGGAGAGCUGGCAACUCUGUCGUGUGGCCACGUUUUUCACUACACUUGUGUCAAACGAGCGCUAACUGGACGCCCAGCGUGUCCUGUGUGUCGACGCAAAGCUAGCCCCCGAAGCGCAAUCCGAUUGUACCUAUUCGUUGAGGCUCGGCAAAAAAGAAGCUGCAAGUGCAAACAUCGAUCUCACAGUAAUCGCCAAGCCUGCCGUGAAGAAGCACGUCAUAACGUGUUGGCAAGAAGUGCUUCGGAACUACCAGAGCGCAUGAAAAAAAUGCGAGUUGAGCUGGAUCGGAUCAACGAAAUACAGCGAAUGACUUCGAGCCACUCGUUCCAGUUGGAGAACGAACUGGCGCGUCGACAACAGCAGCAAGAGCAGACGAUGCGGCAGAUACAACAUGUUCAGCGUGAAUUGGACAGGGCCAACGUGAAGUUAAAAAGAUUGCAGCACAUCGCAACCCUCAGCUAUUCCCAGUGCAGAGAGGCUAAGCACGCGAACGUCGAAUUCAAGAGCAAGGUUCAGACGGCAGCUGACCGACUACGGGAACUGAUGCGAGGAUGCCGACGUUCUUGCUGUCCCGGCUGCAGUACGAAGGGGGCCGAGAUGAAGCGCGUCGUUCAGGAGUUAGCAGCCUCAAGUGGAUCCGGAUCGUGCUGCACGCGCCAUGUACGUCGUGGCGGUAUCACGGAUGUCGCCGAAAGACUUGCGUGGCACCCUUACCAUCCAGGAUCUUGCCGCAAUGUAUGA